GCUAUGUUGGGUUUUUCUAUUAGUUAUGGUGGGACUUUCCAAAAAUACAAAUGCGCAAAUAUUCACACUCGGUUCCUGCCCCAAUCCCAGUGUCGUUUCCGACUUUAAAGCUGAUCAGUAUUUGGGAAAAUGGUACAACAACCGCAAUUACUUCGCCAUCUUUCAAGCUACAUUGGACUGUAUAACGGCCGUCUACACAAAGACAUCAACUGGUAUUAGUGUAACCAACGAAGGCUACAACGUCAUUACGAGACAGAGAAGCACUGCGAUCGGAAUUGCUACGGUAAUAGAGCCAGGCAAACUUGGGGUUUCCUUCUCCGACACACCAGCUACGGCAGCCAAUUAUUGGGUGCUGGACACCGAUUACGACAAUUACGCUGUGGUUUGGAGUUGUACAGGACUUGGCCCAGUCCGCAUAAGUUUCGCAUGGGUUCUAACACGAGCUGCAGAGCCUAGUACUACCGUAAUUGACACGGCUUUAGCAGUAUUCAAUACAACUGGCAUCAACACAACGCCACUGAGGGUAACGAAUCAAAAGAACUGCCCAGCACGCUGAACAAGUAAUCAGAAA